UAAAUAGUAAUUUUCUUGGCACUAUAUAAACUGUUCCAUGCAAAUUCAUCGGUCUCCAGUAGUAUUGGUUGUUUCACCUCCUGCGUUCAAGGUAGAGGCGGUGACGGUAACACCAUGAACAGCAAAGCCUUGCAAACAGUUACCUUCCUGAAUUCGGCGCAUUUUCGUGAACACGAGACGCUAGGGUUUCUCACCUACACACCGUGCUCUGAUGGGCCUUCCUGCGGUACCCACUUACCAAUUACUUCAAGCUUGGCCCCAAAUCACCUCAACCUUCUCCACCCUCUCAGUCAGCUUCCCCUACUUUCGACCGGUGUUUCAGCCACCGUUUCUUCUUGUGGUGUUGGCAGCAAAGAAACCGAACCCGAAAUUGAAACGCCUCAGGUUCUUGAUGGAAUCGCCGCUGUUGUGGGCCAACACGUCCUCUUUGGCAGUGAUAACACCAAGAGAAGUGUAAGCAGCAGCAACAGGCCAGAAAACUCAGGUUUUAUUUCCAUUUCACAGUGUUUUGGUACCGAAACGUUGAAGACGGUGGAUGAUAAUAAGGGCACGGGAAGCGUCGCGGUGCAGAAGAACUACAGAGGGGUGAGGAAGAGGCCAUGGGGAAGGUGGUCCGCGGAGAUACGCGACCGUGUCGGGCGGUGCAGGCACUGGCUCGGCACGUACGACACUGCGGAGGAGGCAGCCCGUGCGUACGACGCAGCGGCGAGGCGGCUGAGAGGCUCAAAAGCCCGUACUAACUUUGAAAUUCCUUCGGUACUACCCGUACUUGCCUCGCCCUCAACAUCUUCGUCUUCAUCUUCGGAUGCUAAGAAGGCGAGUGCCAAAGCCAAGGCAGCGCGCAAUGCCAGGAAGUGUACAGUGGUCACUUCUGUUGCUCAGUUGUUCAGUUCGAAUUCUACUACAAGUGUUACGGCUAGGGAAGCGAAUGCUUAUAGGAAUGGUAAUGUUGAGCUUGAGCUGAAGCUGGGUGUGAAUUUCGUGAGUAGAAGUGCUACUCCAUCUGUAGUUAUUUAGAUUAAUUAGCAUAUCCUGUAGGGUUUUCUUUCAUUGUUUUUUUUCUUUUUUUCUUGUCGGGAGUGAUGGGGGCGGGCUGGCUCGUUUUUUGUGUUUUUGUGUGGCUCUUGUUGUCAUGCAUGUGCAUGAACGCAGGUGCUUUUAUUGUACUUGGAUGAAGAAUCCGGCAGGUCCUUUUGAGAUCGUGGGCGACGAA